AUGAUUCGUAAGACCACGGUUAACCGUACAGUGUUCCUUAUGCUUCCUUGGUGUGGCAUCAGUUCAGACGGAAUAAUUAAGUUAACAGCCAGAUUAUUUUGGAUUUUUACGUUAGGAUUUAUAGGUUAUUGUCAUUGCCUUUAUUUUGCGACGCAUUUAAAUGGGCAGAACUUCAUUAACUUGGUAGAUUGCUUAUGCAGCUUUAUAGCAUUCGCGAAAGUAAUCGUUAAACUCGUUGCGUUUUGGUUGAACCAACAAAAAUUCGUGGAGACUAUGACGUUAAUCACGGACGACUGGAAUAAUUGCGCUGAGAAUGACAUCGGCCUGCGCGUGAUGACAGACAAGGCAAAGAUAUCAGAUGGUAUCACUAAUAUGAUUUUCAUCCUUUACACGUUGGAUAUUGCUGCAUAUUCUUUUGGAACUGUUAUUGCUGAUAUCGAUAUUACACAUAAAGUCGAGCUGCCGCAUAUCAACAAAUUAGAACUUCCCUUCAGUGUUAAUACGCAACGAAUGUAUAGAUUAGUGUUAAUCACAGAAUUUAUCCACUUGAUUUUCGCAACUUGGAUACAUUGUGUUAUAAAUAUCAUAUUUUUGGCUAUGAUUAUACAUGUAGGUGGUCAAAUGGAGGUUCUGCAACAUUGGUUGGAAGAAUUUAUUCCAAAAAAAAAUGAAAUUAAGCAAAAAUCUGUCGUUAUCACAGCAAGCAAGAUUAUUUUUAAACAUCAAAAAAUUAUUCAAUUUUCGCAAAAUGUCGAAAGCAUAUAUACAUACAUUGCGUUAUUCAUAUUUGCAUCAAACACAAUACUGAUGUGCUGUCUAGGUUUUCUUGUUGUAACUGCUAUUGGUACUGCUGAUUUUGUGGAGCAACUGACUAAAUGUAUUUUAUUUUUCACAUCAACAAACCUGGAGGCAUUCAUAUUUUGUUACGGCGGAGAAUAUUUAAAUAGCAAGAGCAAUGAAAUCGGAUUUGCAACGUACAAUUGUGCAUGGUACAAUUUGAAAUCUAAACAUAGUCGCAUUUUGAUACUAGUUCUAUUACGGUCACAGAAACGUUUAACGCUAACAGCUGGCAAGAUAAUGGAUCUCACAUUAGAAACUUUUACAAGUGUAAGAUUUAAAAAGAAUAACUUUUUUAACUUGGUAGAUUGCUUAUGCAGUUUUUUAGCACACGCGAAAGUAAUCGCUAAUCUCGUUGUGUUUUGGUUGAACCAACAAAAAUUCGUGGAGACCUUGACGUUAAUCACGGACGACUGGAAUGAUUGCGCUAAGAAUGAUAACGGCAUGCGCGUGAUGACAGACAAGGCAAAGAUAUCAGAUCGUAUCACUAAUACGAUAUUCAUCCUUCAUACGGCGACAAUAGCUGCGUAUGGCCUGGGAACUGUUAUCACUGAUGUCGAUAUUACAGAUAAAAUCGAGCUGCCGCUUAUCAACAAAUUAGAACUUCCCUUCAAUGUUAAUACGCAGCGAACGUAUAGAUUAGUGUUAAUCAUAGAAUUUAUGCACAUGAUUCUUACAAAUUGGGCAUCUGGUGUUAUAUAUGCCAUAUUUUUGGCUAUGGCUAUUGGUACUGCUGAUUUUGUGGAGCAAAUGACGAAGUGUGUUUUAUUUUUCACAUCAACCAAUCUGGAGGCAUUCAUAUUUUGUUACGCCGGAGAAUAUUUAAAUAGUAAGAGCAAAGAGAUCGGAUUUGCAUUGUACAAUUGUGCGUGGUACAAUUUGAAAUCUAAAGACAGUCGCAUUUUGUUACUAGUUCUAUUACGAUCACAGAAACAUUUAACACUAACAGCUGGCAAGAUAAUGGAUCUCACAUUAGAAUCUUUUACAAGUGUAAGAUUUAAGCAGAAUAUAAAGUUUUGA